CGUUGAAUCCCGCCAGAGCGGAGGAAGCCACUGGCCGUAACGGCGCAGAGGAAGCUAAAUAUACAGCGGCCGGGGGCGUCGGUCGCAGAACCUGUUUGAUUGAGGCUCCGUUGACAGGGCAGCCGUCCCGUUUGUUUGGGUUAAGGUUUCGUUCUUCGGCGACUCCCGCACCGGGGCUGCGCGCUCCACAAGGUCCGCUCCGCUUUGAGCCGUUCAGACGGAGCGCUUCCACGGGGCUCUGGAAAAAGGGGGGAGAGUUUGAACAAGUGUGUGACACGGGUCCGUCGUCGACCGGGUGCUUUUCAUCAGCUCACUGCCGUCUUUCCAGUGGAUGUCCGUAUGAUUUUAUUGCCCGCUGACCACACAGCAGUUUGGAACAUGACGUGACAAAAGAUUACAAAGAGCCGAUGGGGAUUUACAGCGGCCGCCAAUUGGGACGCUCGCAUUCACCGUCGUGUGUCAGCGGACGCCGCGGGACGCCUGAUCGAUCGCCGAUGUCUCAGCCCCGCGCGCUCUCUUCCGUCUAACUCAAUAUCUACCCAAUCUCCGGAGAAGGAGAAGAAGAAGGAGGAGGAGGCACUGUUUCUGGCAGGAGUACAAAGCCGGGGCCCCCAGCAUGUGGCCCCCAGACCUCGGCCCCUCCAACGCCCAGCUCACCCUGCCCGGCUUCGGCGGCGGCGUGUUCGAGGAGCCCGAGGACUUCUUCCUGCCUCCGCUGUCCCCGGGGGGCCCGUGCCACCCCACGCCGCCCCCCCACCUGGGGGCCCUGGGGGCCCUCUGCCUCCCCAGGCCCUCCCGGUCCCUCGACCCCCUGGGGCCGGACUUCACCUCCUUCUUCUGCUCCUCCUACAAGGCCAACCCCUCCCCCGCCCGGGCCGACCCGGACGCCGGCCCCGGGGCGCCGGCGGAGCCCAAACACGGCCCCCGGAGGCACGAGAGCUACACCUGGCCCCCCGCGGCCACUUCCUGUCUGCUGGGCUCCUCCCCCUCCCCCGGCGGCCCCGCCCACUGUUUCUCCUCGCCCCCCUCCCACCCGGCCCUGACGUCGCCGCUCCGCGGGUUCCCGGCGGCGGGCCGCGGGAUGGCCCUCGCCGAGGACCCCCGCCAGCGCCAGGGCCCCCGGGACGACUUCCCCCCGCCCCCCAUCAAGCAGGAGCCGGCGGAACACCCCGCGCCCUGCAAGGCGGAGUGCUUCCCCCCCGCCUGCCAGCAGAGGGGCGGGCCCUUCUACCAGAGCCAGCGGGCCCCGCCCGAGCCGGGCCUCGACCCGGGGGACCCCCCCGACGGCGGCCGCUCCCCGCGGCGCUCCGGCGACGCCCCCGGGAACCACGGGGCGGCGGCGGCGGCGGCGGAGCCGGAGGGCCAGCUCUGCGGCUGGGCGGAGUGCAGCGCCGCCUACGACCACCAGGAGGAGCUGGUCCGGCACAUCGAGAAGGCGCACAUCGACCAGCGCAAGGGGGAGGAGUUCACGUGCUUCUGGGCGGGCUGCGUGCGGCGCCACAAGCCGUUCAACGCCCGCUACAAGCUGCUCAUCCACAUGAGGGUGCAUUCGGGGGAGAAGCCUAAUAAAUGUAUGUUCGAGGGCUGCUCCAAGGCCUUCUCGCGGCUGGAGAACCUGAAGAUCCACCUGCGCAGCCACACGGGGGAGAAGCCGUACGUGUGCCAGCACCCCGGCUGCCUGAAGGCCUUCAGCAACUCCAGCGACCGCGCCAAGCACCAGCGCACACACCUGGACACGAAGCCGUACGCCUGCCAGGUCCCCGGAUGCACCAAGCGCUACACCGACCCAAGCUCCCUGCGCAAGCACGUCAAGUCCCACUCGGCCCGGGGCCACCCGGAGAGAGAGGCCCCGCUGCCCUCCAUGUUGGAGUCGGACAUGCUGAGCUACUGCCUCGCCCGGCAGCACCUCCACGUCUCCAGCGGCGGUGGCGUCGGCGCCGUCGGCAACCAGCAGAACCCUGCGGCCGGGAUGAAGGGCGGCCCCUCCCCCGGGCCCGGAACAGACGGCUUCGCAGACAUGUACUCCGGCAGCGCGGUACUCCACAAGAGGCCUGGCCCCCAGUACCUCCCCCCACCCCAAGAGUCCCGGACGGGGUACCCCGGGAUGAAGGCCUCCAUGGUGGGCGCUGAGAGCCCCCUGCCCUCGCUGACCAGCCCCGGGCACGCGGGGGCAGGGUGAGUAGAACCGGACCCCCCCCCCCUCCCGGGGAUUAAUAAAGAUGUGUAUCUAUAUCUAUCGAUCUACUGAUCCCCCCCCAGGGGAUAUUUUAAGUACACGUGUGAUCGUACCGUGGAUAAGUGGAUUCAUAUGUUUGGGGGGGAAAGUGUUUUGCAGAGCGUUGGGUCUCGGUGCGAACACGCUCAUCGAUAAUGUUGGGGUUGAAGCGUGUCUUGGAAACACGGCCGCUUCUUACUUCCAACUUGAGGUGAAUCGAAGACAAAUGUUUUUCCGCACGAUCUCACCAUUUAAUCAACGUGUGAUGUGAA